UGGGCUCGCUCGGGUCUCCAAUAUCAGCGAAAGGCCCCUCGUUCCAUGCUUACCACGAUAAGGCCCCGUUUUUUCCAUUGAAUAUUGGACAGGGAGAAAGCGAUCGAGAAGCAAAGAGCUUUGAUCCGUUGCCGGAGGUAGUUCAAUCCUACAAAAUGAUUCCAAGCUACGUCCUGAUGUACUCUGCGGUGUCAUUCACUUCAUUCCACCAGAACACAAUGCCUCUAUUUGGAAAUAACACCAAAUUUGUGGACCUUCCUCCGUUUUCAAUUUCGCCACUGGGCCAAUCGGACGCUUCAUGGACAGGUGGUUACUGGGCCCCAGACUCGUCGGGCCUACAUGGCCCAGACUCCUGCGACAUGAGCCCCUCAUCCACUCUUACAUCGGAUGACUCGCGUUCAUUUCGUUGCCCAUCGCUGAGCAAUGAAGUAGAGUCGAAUAUUGCGUUCGAAUGGUAUCGGAAUCAUUGCCAAGAAUCCAUCAUUUCCAAUAACGACAUGCUGUCUCUCCAUCAAUACAGCCCUCAGACCCUUACACAAGUUGUUUCCACGUUUACAUACCUGAAGGUUCUUUUCCCUUCGAACACCCCUACUGCUCAACAGAUCACCUCUGUCCUAAUGCAGGCGGAAAAGGCAGUCGGAGCUGAACGCCCUCCAACACCAAACCUACCCUCCCUUCCCUCUGCAAAUGGCAUCUAGUACUGAGAUGGAUAUGGCUCGCAACGUUUGUGACGGGUGUCCCGGGGGCGCCUUCCUUAGGACACACAUUUGUCGCCCGCGUCUACUACCCCCACCUGUAAUCUCAAAUCCAUGUUGCAUUUCAUCUUUACGUCGUGUGUAUUGUAUGUGACCUACGGAUUUUCUGCCUGGAGGCCUGAGUGGUUUCCAAUCCGGCGAGGUGCCCUCCUCGGUCUCCUGCUCCAAUUACAAUAUCGCAGCAUCCUUCAAGGCAGUACAAUGA